UUUAAAAAUCUAGUUCUGCCAAUGCCACAUUGAUUAUGAAAUCAUUUUUUGGAGGGAGCAUCUCCCAGUAUAAAAGGUUCAAAUGAGUCUGCACUGACACUCAUCACUUCAUCGAGCUCCUUAGGAUCAACAUGAAGCUCUUCCUUCUUUCGGUGGUAUGCCUUGUGGGCACGUCUCUUGCCGUUCCGGUUACAAGAGCAAGAAGAGAUAUUCUUCCUGGUGAUCCACGAUAUGGUACCGAUUAUCAUCACCAUCAUCACCAUCAUCAUGAAGAACAUGCCGCAACCAACAGCAAUUCUGGAUACAAUUACAAUGCCCCAGCCACAAGUGAAACUCAUCAACUCCCAACUCAAACAUACGGAGCUCCUUUCAAUCCAAUGAGAAAUCAACCAGCUCCUCCCUCAACUUCCUAUGGAACUCCAGUUGUACACCAACAACAAUACCAGGCCCCAGCUGUCCACCAAACUCACACUACCGAACAGGUUCAUCAUGUUGAACACGUCCAUCAUGUUCAACAUGAAGCACCAGUUCAACACACUGAAGAAGCUCCAGUUUCACAAGUUAACCACAACUCUUUCCAAGUUCCUCAACAAGUUCAACACGUAGAAUUCCAAACUACCCAACAGGAAGCUCAUGUUGAACACCAACACCAUCAUGUUGAACACCAAGAAGCACAGCACCAACAUGUUGAACAUCAAGAACCCCAUCAUCACCAUGUUGAACAUCAAGAACCACAGCACCAUCAUGUUGAACAUCAAGAACCACAGCACAAUCAGGUUGAAUACCAUGCACCUCAGCAAUAUCACGUUGAACACCAACAUGUCGAACACCAAGUUCCUCAAACUACAUAUGGUGCUCCACAACAUCAAGCUCCUCAAACCACAUACGGUAUUCCUCAGCAACAUGCUACACAUCAAGUUCCUCAAGCUACACACCAAGCCCCUCAAACCACAUACGGUGCUCCUCAACAACAUCAAGUUCCUCAAGCUACACACCAAGCUCCUCAAACCACAUAUGGUGCUCCUCAACAACACCAAGUUUCUCAAGCUACCCACCAAGCUCCUCAGGCUACAUACAGUGCUCCUCAGCAACAUCAAGUUUCUCAAGCUACCCACCAAGCUCCUCAGGCUACAUACGGUGCUCCUCAACAACAUCAAGUUCCUCAAGCUACACACCAGACUCCUCAAACUACAUACGGAGCUCCUCAACAACAUCAAGUUCCUCAAGCUACACACCAGGCUCCUCAAACCACAUACGGUGCUCCUCAACAACAUGCUGCCCAUCAUGUUUCUGAAGCAACACACCAGGCUCCACAAACUACAUACGGUGCUCCUCAACAACAUCAAGUUCCUCAAGCUACACACCAGGCUCCUCAAACCACAUACGGUGCACCUCAACAACAUCAAGUUCCUGAAGCUACACACCAGGCUCCUCAAACCACAUACGGUGCUCCUCAACAACAUCAAGUUCCUGAAGCUACACACCAGGCUCCUCAAACUACAUACGGUGCUCCUCAACAACAUCAAGUUCCUCAAGCUACACACCAGGCUCCUCAAACCACAUACGGUGCUCCUCAACAACAUCACAAUGCCGAACAUACUCAUCAUGUUGAACAACAUGCCGCACCAGCACCCCAAGCCCCAAGACAAUACUUGGCACCUCAUGCUUCCCAGCCAGCUCCUCAAAUGCAGCACUUCGCACCUCAGGAAACCAGACACUUCCUAGCUCCCCAAUCUGCUCACCAAGUAACCAGACAAUUUUUGGCUCCCCAAGCUUCUCACCAAGUUCACCAGGCUUCUCAUCCAGCUCAAGUAACAAGACAAUAUUUGGCACCCGAAGUUUCUCAUCCAGUACAUCAGGCUUCUCAACCAGCACCCCAAGUAAUCAGACAGUAUUUGGCUCCCCAACCUUCUCAUUCAGCUGCCCAAACUCAUGUUGAACACCACCAACACGUUCAACAACCAAUUGUGAAAGAAACCAUCCACUUUGAUGCUCCAGUUCAAUCCGUGGAAAUCCCAAUUGCUGAUAUUGAAUCCCAUGAGCCAUCAACUUCCAAUGACGCUAUCAGUAUUGAAGCUAUUGGCAAAUCCUCUCACCAAGAGAGCCACCAGACCUACUCCAAUAAUGGUGGAUACGUGUACUAGGAACUUCCUUCUAUUAUCAUUUUUUUUUUAUGACGAAAAUGGAAACCAAGAGAAAACUAAUGGGAUCUUAAUGUACAAGCUUACAAACCAAAUCAAAGGAAGAAUGAGUAGGAUGAGUGAUAGAGUUACAUAUUUUUUUUUACAAAGACUUUUAUCAAAUAGAAUAGUGUUUAAUCAAUCUUUAAUCAAAUGAUCCUAUUAGAUAGAUCUGUGUUCCUUUUAAAAAAAUUUUUUUUAUCUAGAAAAUUUAGUUAUUUUGUGUUUGUCUUUGACAAUGUGAGUGUUUCUUGUCUGGCAUCGUUUCUUUAAAAAAGAAAACGAGCGAGAUUGUAAGAAAAUGAGACAUGUGUUUUUUUUACAUAAAUAAAAUGUUUUUUUAUGAUAUAGAA